CCUUAUUGUUUCUUUCUAUCAGUUUCUGCUAUAAAAUACCUUAAACAUUCGUAAAGUGUCCCAUAAUCAGUCAUUCAUAUCUUGAAAUUAAGCGGAUUAAGCCAAAAGAUCAUGGAAGCCUCAUCCCUGCUAGCUCCCAUUGCCAAGAGGUUACAAGGCAAGGUGGCGUUGAUAACGGGAGGAGCCAGUGGCAUCGGGGAGAGCACUGCAAGACUCUUUGCGAGGCAUGGAGCUAAGGUUGUGAUUGCAGAUGUCCAAUCGGAGUUGGGUCCUUCUGUAGCUGAGAAAAUCUGUUCGGAAUCUGGAGAAUCAGUUUCCUACGUCCAUUGCAAUGUUACCAAUGAGUCAGAUGUGGAAAACGCAGUGAAUACAGCCGUUUCGAGUCAUGGAAAGCUUGACAUUAUGUUCAACAACGCAGGCACCACCGGCAAGCCUUAUUACACAAUAUUAUCAACUGAACAUGAAGAUUUCAGGCGGGUUUUCGAUGUUAAUGUGUAUGGUGGAUUCUUGGGAGCCAAACAUGCCUCCAGAGUAAUGAUCCCUGAAAAGAAAGGCUGUAUUCUGUUCACUGCAAGUGUUACUUCAGCGAUGUAUGGCGGGGCAUAUGCUUAUACAGCAUCAAAGCAUGCAGUUGUUGGGCUAACCAAGAACUUGGCUGUAGAAUUGGGGCAGUAUGGAUUAAGAGUUAAUUGCAUUUCCCCUGGCGCAUUACCUACUGGUUUAACUACUUCAGCAGCUAUGGAUCCAACUCAAGUGCAGAAGUGGCAUGCUGCUAUGUCAAAUCUGAAAGGGCCCAUCUUAAAUGCAAAUGAUGUGGCAGAGGCUGCUUUAUACCUUGCAAGCGAUGAUUCCAAAUAUGUUACUGGCUUUGACCUUUUGGUCUAGCAGCUUGGCAAAGUUACUUACCUUCCAUAUAGAUUUAGAUUAAGUCACGGAUACAUGAGAACUCUUGCAGAAUAAUCCCUCAAAUGAAUGUUGUUUUUAUUUAAAUUUUCUUUUGAUGCUUCGUAUAUGAGGAUUUUCAUUAAAAAAUCCUAAAUAUUGUUAAAGAUUUCUCAAAUUAAAUUGAAUAACACCUGACUUAAUUCGAGUGAUGA